AUGAAAUUCUACUUUGUCAAUACCACUCCAGUCCUAGUGAAAUGCCUCGAGGAUGCCAUAGCAGAGGUGGCUCCGUACCUUCCGAACCAGAUCAAAAUGUCAGUGAUAAACCGCCCACUUCGUGACUUUGUGAUCUCUAAAGAUCCCGAGAACACAGCCAUUGUAACGCCAGCAAACUCCUUCUCGUUCAUGGGAGGUGGAUUCGACAAGGCAGUGCUUUCAUUGAUCUCCGAAGACCACAAAAAGGAACGUGACGUUGAAACAGCCAUUCAAAACUAUUCUUUACUGCAAAACCACGGCUUCCUUAUUCCCGGGUCAGCCCACCUGGUCAGACUAUCUGAAAUCCCCUACACCUCAGGCUCAUUGGCUGUUAACAAAGGCGUUCUGACGCUAAUCCAGGUUCCUACUAUGGAAGUUCCAGGCCCAAUACUACACGAAAAGGCUUUCUACAGCACAUGGGCGGCACUCACAUCUCUUACUUCACUUUCAGACAUAGAGGCUGCCGUUUUUCCAGCUUUUGGAGCAGGUUUCGGCGGAGUUCCUCCAGGAACAUGUGCUAGGCUUAUGGUGGGUGCUUUGGCCCUCUGGUACAUGCCAGCACCGUCUCCAUUGGCCCGUUCAGCUGGUGUUCUCUUGUACCUACGCAAGGACUAUAGAAAACUAGGGAAAUCCAGCGAUUUGGCUGCCAUUGAGCAAUUCUACACGGAGCACGGGAAAAGCUCAUUUACCCAAACUGGAAAAGAAGCACAGCAUUGGCCACUUCCAUGGCACCGUAUGGUCAAGGGUCUCAAUUGGGUGCAAAAUCAGUCACCCUAA